CACACCAACUUCGAGUUUUUCCGAACACGUGAAACUCCAUCAGAAACCAACUAUAUCCAUCGAAAGAAAUAGAUUCCGACUACUCCCAAGCCGUGCAGCCGCGUGGUUGUGGAGAUACAAGGAGUCUAGUACCCCAAACGCGACGCGUCCGAACUUUCAGAAGCAAACGCACAGACCAAGCCAAGAAACAACAACAACAAGACAACAGAGAGGCUAAAAUGGCCCCAGAUAGCGACACUAUCGUAGUCCAGCUACCAGAAGACCUCCGGACCUCAAGCACACUGGACGACGAAAUGGAGACCGACGAAAGGCACCAAGACAACCCAACAACACCCAUCGAGCAGACCACCCAAGAAACACCAAGGUUAAUUAUUCAGCCACCACUAAAUAAAAGACCAGCGGCAUUCUCCCCAGAGAUAACUACAAGAGAGAGAAACCCAUUCCAGAACAGCCAAGAAAAGAAACCAAGAGCAAAGGACUCAACCCAAGCAAUCUUCUGGGCAAGGGACCUAAUUCUACAAGCAUCUACUAUGGCCGAAUCCCAUCUAUCCCAAAACAAACUACUACAACUACUGGACGUCUUUAGAGACUUUACGGAACUAGGCAGGGUUACGCAGCAAAUGACUGAGAAGUUUACAGCACAGCUUGCGUACCAGACUGCAACGCUUACAAGCGCCUCCCAACAAGCUACAAAGACACUAAAGAAAGCUGUUAAUGCCGCAACUGGACCACAAAACCCAAACAACCAAGAAAAACCAAACAACCAGAACACCCAGAACAUCCAAAACACCCAAAACACCCAAAACACCCAACAAAACAAGACAUCAUACGCUAGCGUAGCCGCCCAGAACAACGGAAACACAUGGACUACAGUGUCUAACAAAAAGAAGACAAACAAAAAGCCAGCAAGCUACUACCAAGCAGUCCUUACGCUUACCCAGCCUACGUCUCACACACCACUCCAGAUUAGAGACCUAAUCAACGAAGAGUUCACAAAGGGCGGCAUCAAAGACCCAGUAGUGAAGGAAGUAACAACAAGUAGAAAGAACAAUAUUAUUCUAACAACCACUCCAACCUACUCAGGAGAAUACCUAGUCCAACACAAGCAUAUAUGGCAUCAAAAGUUUGAGCUAAAGAAUGUACAACUACUAGAAUCAUGGACGAAAGUAGUAGUACAUAAUGUGCCAACAGAAUGGGAGGGAGCAGAGACACUAGAGAUACUCCACACAGAAAUCCCAGCAUACAACAACGGACUACAAAUUACUGGCAACCCAUACUGGAUAUCAAGAGAAUGGCAAAACAAGAAGAACAGCUCUAUUGUAAUAGCAUUCAAAACAGCCGAAGACGCAGCCAGAUGUUACGGAUCCAUAGACUCGCUCGGCCCAUGGCCCCCAUAUCGAUAA